AUGCGUGGGCCUUCAAAGACCCCGUACGAAGGCGGUGAGUACUGGGGCCAGCUGCUGUUCCCCAGCGAUUACCCCUUCAAGCCGCCGGGUAUUAAGGUACAGACGCCGAACGGCCGCUUUGAGCCGGAUGCGCGGAUAUGCACAUCCAUGAGCGAUUUUCAUCCUGGGAGUUGGAAUCCGGCAUGGUCGGUGUCGAGUAUCCUGGUUGGGCUCACAUCGUUCAUGUGCACGGACGAGCUGACGACGGGCUCGAUCAUUAUGCCAAGCAGAGAUCGCCGCGUGCUUGCGGCGAAAUCGCAUGCGUUUAAUCGUUCUCAGCGUCGGUUUGCGCAACUCUUCCCGGAAUAUGCAAGCGAGGUCGUGCGCGACGUGCCGAACAUGUCACUGCCUGCACAAGGGAAAAACGCGACGCUCCCAUCGCGUAAAUCAGCGCGCGCGCUAGAUGCGUUGGCGCCCUCGGCAAGCGCAGCGUCGCGCGACGCAAGUGACGUUAAAAAAGAGGCAAAUGGCGUGGGUAUGCGCUCCGUAGUGAUUGGCGUCAGUGUUGUGCUUGCAGGCUUGUUUGCUGCUAAGACCGUCGAGCGGCUCGCUGCAUGA